AUGAAACUUUUAUUUACAGACGUGUGGCCAGAAGGGUUAGAGGAUCAGUCAAGUAGCGCAGUGCGAGGCAGCUCGGUAGACUACGCGGCGGCGUUGAUGCUUGCAGCGAUGGCGGCGGUACUGCUAGCGGCCGUGGGCUACCAGUGUGCGGCCACGUGGCGCUGGAUCAUGGGCAGGACACGGCGUGAUUCAGAAGACAGUAACUGUGACUCCCUAUCUCGACAAGCUGCUAUCCGCAUUAGCCACUCUCUACCAGACCUGCAGACCGAGCCAUUGAAGCAAGAAUACGUUCAAGAGCACAAGGAUGCUGGCAAAAAGGUGCUUCGUCAAACAACGCUCCCCAUAGUGCCAGAUCGUCAUCAGACCUUCCAACGACAGCUAUCUCAUCGCCUGGACCUACCAUCUAUACAGUUCAGCAUUUGCAGUCUGGAACGCGCUGAUUCUUCUAUUGGAUUAAUUAAGCCGGAGCUUUACAAGAAUGAAUUGGUGCGUCAAUCAUCUACGGACAGCGGUGAAUUGGAGUUCUGUGGGAAAUUGCAUUUCGCAUUGAAAUACGACCAAGAAGUAGAGGCUCUUGUUGUUAAGAUUUUUGAAGCCCGUGAUCUACCAAUAAAGGACGUAUCAGGUAGCAGCGACCCCUACAUCAAGGUGUUCCUACUACCAGAUCGCAAGAAGAAAUUCCAAACUAAAGUCCAUCGCAAAAAUUUAAACCCGGUGUUCAACGAGACCUUCCUGUUCAGUGUGCCAUAUGAAGAGCUACGCCAGCGUUAUCUACAGUUCUCAGUUUACGAUUUCGACCGCUUCAGCCGACACGAUCUCAUCGGCCAUGUGGUAUUAAAAGGCCUUCUGGAGUCAGCUGAUUUGCAUCAAGAAAUUGAAUACACGAUGAAUAUACUUGCACCGCCACAGGAAAAGAAGGAUCUAGGAGAGCUUAUGCUUUCUCUGUGCUACUUACCUACCGCCGGGCGACUGACAGUGACUGUGAUUAAGGGGCGGAAUCUGAAAGCUAUGGACAUAAAUGGGUCAUCAGAUCCAUACGUGAAAAUCUGCCUAAUCUGUCAAGGGAAGCGAAUAAAGAAGAAAAAGACGACGGUUAAAAAGAACACGUUAAGUCCAGUUUACAAUGAAGCUUUGGUGUUUGAUCUCCCAGCGGAAAACGUGUACGACGUCACACUUCUCGUGAAAGUCAUCGAUUAUGAUUUGAUUGGGCCCAAUGAACUGAUCGGGUGUACAGCAAUAGGCUCGACACUGAUCGGUAUAGGCCGCGACCACUGGCUGGAGAUGUUGGACAAUGCCAGGAAGCCGGUCGCACAGUGGUACCCACUGAACAAGAGCCCCCCGACCAACAUUAACCUGCCAGCGAAUAAUCAACAGAAUUCUGCGCUGAACUGCUUAAAUGGAAGA